AGAGUUAACACUGCAUUACAAGAAGAAAAAAAGACCUGGUGCUGAAAAAAGAAAAGAAAAAAACAUAGGGAAUGAGAUUAGUGCUGUUAAAGUCAAUGAGCUGUCAAAAUAGGCUAGAUGUUCUGCAGACCCUGUUCACACAACAUAGCUGACUGAAGAAAAAUUUAAAAAUAUAAUUUAACUUUAUUUUAUUGAGGCAGUGUGCAAAGGGGAGACAGGCCCUGAACAAGGUCAACAACAGUGAACUGUAUGCCACAAAACAUUCAGAUCAACACCAAGAUUCUCCUCGAAUAAUAAACUGGCUUUAAUAUUGUUUAAUCUGAUUUAAAAUAAUAUAAUCAACUGUGUGCCAAAACUGGGAAUCAAGCUGUAACGUAACAGCAAUUCAACUCAUGAGUUUUACUUUAAUGUGUGUAAUGUUUUCUAACUUGGAGACUCAAAACAGGCUAUGUUAGCUUAACAUUAACUGCAAUGAGUAAAGGAAUUGAGGGUGGGACCCUUCGUGUUUUCAGCCUUGGAGUAAUAUCAAGAAACCGAUAACUUAACUAACUCAUCUGCUAUAUCAAAAUAAAUCCUUGAGGGUUUUAUUUAUGUUGUUUUUACCCUGUUUGAGCUUCAGUCAAUAUUAGCUAAUAUGCCAGUAGCUAAUGCACUAUAAGCUAAAAGGAAGUUCGGAGGACCCAGUGCAGGUCACCUGUCCCCGAGCAGGACAACCAGAAUCCCCCCAGGGUGUAAUUACAGACAACGCCAGUAAGGAAUGUAGUGAAAGUUCCCGAGAGGUUAAAAACACCACUGAAAAAAUGCCAUCAGACCUGAGUUGGGACACUUGGAUUAUGGAGCUUCUGGACCAAGAGAAUGAAUGGGAGCAUGUGUUUAACAGCGUAGUGAAACAUUUGGGUGGUGGAAAAAUAAUGGAAAAUAAAAUUCAGACUACAGACUGCUUCAGGUUUCCAUACACCGGAAACAGCUGCUGCAUCUGUAAUUCUGUCCAUCCUGAGGAGAGUCCACACUCUACAACAGAUCCUUGGCUCACCUAUAAUGACACACAGGUGCUCCACACAACUGGAUCUGCAGCUUGUGAAGAACAGCAGCACUCGGCCUACAUCCUGUUUUACAAGAGAAACUGCCCAGACACCCUUCAGUUUCAUCGUAUCAUCCCUAACAACAGCUGUAGAGUUGGAUGGAGGAUGAAGACAGCAGAGAGAGCAAAAGAAACAGCUUGUUUUCAGUUGAACAUUUGCAAAGCUGAGAAGAUUUUCACUGCGAUCACAUUAAGUCCAAAGAUGUUUAAACUUCUUUUUCACAGAAAGAAAUCAAACAAACAAAACGUGGCAGAGAAGGAAAUUCCUUCUACGUCUCAACAGAGCAUCCCGGAUGCUUCUGUUGCUGCCACACCAACUAACCCUGAAAAUGUUAAAAAGAAGAAGAAGAAGAGAAAAUGGAGACGCUUCUUCUGCUGUUCCUCGCAAACUGACAGCGAUUCAGAGGCAGAGACCACCACUGUAAAGACACAAAAAAAGUCUCGCUGGUCUCUUUUUAAAUUCUGGAAGAGAAAAAGGCAGGUUGCUCCUGAAACGACAGGGGAACCUGAUAAAAUCAGUGACAGCACAGGUAAGGAAUGUGGUGAAAGCUCCCAUCAGGUAAAAAACACCACUGAAAAGAUCCCAGCAGACCUGAGUUGGGACACUUUGAUUAUGGAGCUUCUGGACCAAGAGAGUGGAUGGGAGCAUGUGUUUAACAGCAGUGGAGUCUGCGGUGGAAAAACAAUAGAAAAUCAAACUGAGACUACAGACUGCUUCGGGUUUCCAAACAUCGGAAACACCUGCUACAUGAACUCCUGCCUGCAGAGCCUCCUCAACAUUGAAGAGUUCAUUAGAGACAUCAGCCGUCAGGAGGUUUUGUGGAGCGCAGUCCCAGAAGCUCAGCUCUUAAGAAGGCUCACUGACAUCAGGGACUGUCAUGACUCAACAGAUUAUGGCCUUAAAGAUCACCACCUGAGAUCUUUUAAGAAGGCAUUCAGCAGUCAAGCUCCUGAAUACACAGGCAGUGCACAGAAAGAUGCUCAUGAAUUCCUAACAUUGUUCCUCAAUGAGGUCAAAAGGCUCUCACCUCACCUGAAGAGGAACGCAGCUCUCCUGGGCCAAAGUUAUACCUGCCCAGUAGAAGACCAUCACGUUUUCAAAAUGGAAAACAUGAGGACAUGCAAGGGCUGCGGUCACCAAUCAUCACAGCAAGAGGAAUUCACCAGCUUGUCUCUUGACCUGGUUCCAGAGGGGUCUGUUGAGGACAUGCUAGAGACAUACUUGAAGGAACAAGAAAUAGAAUUUCGCUGUGAUUGUGGAGGGACGACCUCAGAACUGAAGUCAUCUUUUGAUACACUGCCAAGAGUUCUCAUCUUGCACCUUAAGAGGUUUGGCUUUACACAAACCUAUGAGAUUCAGAAGGUGGAUGACCCCGUCAGGCUGCAGAGGGACUUGGUGGUGCCAUCCAAUCAGGGUGGUGGCUGUUACAGUCUUGUCAGCAUCAUCAGUCAUUAUGGAGGCACAGAAUCAGGACACUACAUCUGUAAUUCUGUCCAUCCCGAGGAGAGUCCAUACUCUACAUCGGAUAAUUGGCUCACCUAUAAUGACGCACAGGUGCUCCACACAACUGGAUCUGCAGCUUGUGAAGAACAGCAGAACUCGGCCUACAUCCUGUUUUACAAGAGAAACUUCUGAAGCAGGAUAUGGAAGGAAGUUAAGGUCCUCAUCAUGCUGAGAAGGAACAACAGUCGUCCCAGCCCACCAUCGCAGACUGCAGGUAAGUAUUGGCCUUAGGAGGAAGGGUCCUCCCAGAGAGCCUGGUUCCUCCCAAGAUUUCUUCCUCCAGGAGGGAGUUUUUUCUUGCCACCGUCGCCCCACAUUCACUGGUCUCAUUAGCAGAGACAUUUUA